ACGCACAGCAGCGGUGUCCGAGCUGCGAAUGCUAAUACGGGAUAGGACCUAUACGAUUUAUACGCCGUUUUUACUUUUAGUUGAUUAAUGAACUUUUUGAAGAUCCCAGACACUGCCUCUUGGAACUUUUAUCUCUCGGUGAACUCAAAGGAUGUAUUACUGCUAAGUUAACACUUCAAAGAGAAGAGUUGGGACAAAUUUCCACCGAGAUGGGGGGAAAUUAUAACGUUUGGAUAUUUUUACCAAUUUUAUUCUUUGUCCAUAAUUGCGAAGGACUCCGCUGCAUGGAUAAAUACAGACCUUGUGACAAUGGAGGAACGUGCAUAGACUCACCCUCGCGAUGCAUAUGUCGGCCGGGGUACAUCGGGCCUCUGUGCCAAAGCCUGGACCCCUGUCACCGGUCGCCAUGUCUCAACGGAGCCGCCUGCAAGAGCCAGGUGGCCAACGGAAUCCCACAAUUCACCUGUGUGUGCCAGAGAGGGUUCAGAGGUCAAGACUGCUCCCUCAUAGACGCCUGUGCCACCAGCCCCUGUGCCAAUGGUGCCCGCUGUGCCAAUUGGAAUAACCACUACAACUGUUCCUGCCCGCCCGGGUUCCAGGGGAAGAACUGCCGCAACGAUAUCGAUGAGUGCCGCAAGCCUGGCGUCUGUCUCAACGCAGGCCUCUGCAUGAACACCCAUGGUUCCUUCCGCUGCCAGUGCCCACCUGGGUACAGCGGGCGCACCUGCGAGGUGUCCUCCCUGCCCUGCGCCCCCUCCCAGUGCAUCAACGGGGGCACCUGCCGCCCGACCGGAGAUCACACCUACGACUGUGCCUGCCUGCCAGGGUUCGAGGGACACAACUGUGAGACGAACGUGGACGACUGCCCAGGGCAUAAGUGUAUGAAUGGAGGCCUGUGUGUGGAUGGAGUCAACACCUAUAAUUGCCAGUGCCCACCUGAGUGGACAGGUCAGUACUGUGCAGAGGAUGUCAAUGAGUGCCUUAUGCAGCCCAAUGCCUGCCACAACGGAGGCACCUGUUUCAACACCAUCGGGGGGCACACCUGCGUGUGCGUCAACGGCUGGACAGGAGACGACUGCAGCGAGAACAUCGACGACUGUGCCACCGCCGUGUGCUUCAACGGAGCCACCUGCCACGACCGCGUGGCGUCCUUCUUCUGCGAAUGCCCUGUGGGGAAAACCGGUCUGCUUUGUCACCUGGACGACGCUUGCGUCAGCAACCCAUGUAACGAGGGCGCCGUGUGUGACACCAACCCCCUGAACGGGCGCGCCAUCUGCACCUGUCCCGCCGGCUUUGUGGGCGGAGCCUGCAACCAGGACAUGGACGAGUGUUCCAUUGGUGCCAACCCCUGUGAACACUUUGGGAAGUGUGUAAACACGGAGGGGUCCUUCCAGUGCCAGUGUGGCCGAGGCUACGCCGGCCCCCGCUGUGAGAUCGACAUCAACGAGUGUCUGUCCAUGCCCUGCCAGAACGAUGCCACCUGUCUGGACCGCAUCGGAGAGUUCACCUGCAUCUGCAUGCCAGGCUACAUGGGGACCUACUGUGAGGUGGAUGUGGAUGAGUGUGAGAGCAACCCUUGUGUGAACGACGGUAUCUGCCGGGACAUGGUCAAUGGAUUCACAUGCACCUGCCAGCCAGGGUUUACUGGCACCAUGUGUCAGAUCGACAUUGAUGAGUGCGCCAGCACGCCCUGCCAGAACGGAGCCAAGUGUUACGACCGGCCCAACGGAUACGAGUGCCGCUGUGCUGAAGGGUACGAGGGCACACUGUGCGAGAGCAACACCAACAACUGCCAGCCCGACCCGUGCCACCACGGCACCUGCGUGGACGGCAUCGCCAGCUACACUUGUAACUGCGAGGCGGGCUACACGGGCUACCGCUGCGAGAACCAGCUGAACGAGUGCCAUAGUAACCCCUGCCAGAACGGGGGCAAGUGUGUAGACCUGGUCAACAAGUACAUCUGCCAGUGUCAACACGGCACCUCAGGUACCAACUGUGAGAUUAACUUUGAUGACUGCGCCAGCAAACCAUGUGACUAUGGCAUCUGCAAGGACGGCAUCAACCGCUACGACUGCGUGUGCAAACCAGGCUUCACCGGCCCUCUGUGCAACGUGGAGAUGGACGAGUGCUCGUCCGGCCCCUGCAGAAACGGGGGUACGUGUGUGGACGAGGAGAACGGCUUCCACUGCCAGUGUCCCGAGGGCUUCCAGCCUCCCUACUGCUACUCCCAGGUGGACGAGUGUGGCAGCAACCCCUGUGUGCACGGCGCCUGCAGAGAUGACAUCAACGGCUACCGCUGUGACUGUGAGCCCGGCUGGGUGGGGAAGAACUGUGACCUAGACCGUAAUGACUGUCUGCCCAGCCCUUGUCAGAACGCUGGCACCUGCAUCGACCAGCUGAACGGAUUCACCUGCAAGUGUCGCCAGGGCUUCAGAGGUAACCUGUGCCAGGUAAACAUCAACGAGUGUUCGUCCAGUCCGUGUCUGAACCAGGGCACGUGUGUGGACGGCGUGGCCAGUUUCACCUGUCUGUGUGAGCUGCCUUACAGCGGGCCCACCUGUGCCGACGUGCUCACCCCCUGCUCCCCCAACCCCUGUGCCAACCAUGCCCUGUGCACCCACACACCUGACUACCUGGGCUACCAGUGCAACUGCCAGCAAGGAUGGCAAGGUCAGCUGUGCAACAUUGACGUGAACGAGUGCAUCGCCAACCCGUGUAAGAACCGUGGUACCUGCACCAACACACAGGGAGGGUUCGUGUGCACCUGCCGUGGCGGCUUCACCGGGCCCAGCUGUGAGACGGACAUCAACGACUGUGCCCCUAACCCGUGUCUGAGUAGGGGUUCCUGUACGGACGGUGUGAACUCGUUCCGCUGCAGCUGUCUGCCAGGCUUCACGGGGCCGCGCUGUGCCGUGGAGGUGAACGAGUGUCAGAGCGCCCCCUGUAAGAACGGAGGCACCUGCACAGACUACGUCAACAGCUACACCUGCACCUGCAGACCUGGCUUCACUGGCAUUAACUGUGAGACAAACAUCCCUGACUGCACUGAAAGCUCAUGCUUCAACGGCGGUACCUGUACAGACAAGAUCAACGGCUACUCCUGUACCUGCCGCUCAGGCUUCACAGGCUCCCACUGCCAGUAUGAGGUGAAUGAGUGUGACUCCCAGCCAUGCCUCAACGGAGGGGUCUGCCAGGACGCUCUGGAGUCCUUCCGCUGCUCCUGCCCCAAGGGAUACACAGGCAACCGCUGCCAGAUGCCAGUGGACUGGUGCAGACGAUCGUCUCCCUGUCAGAACGGAGGGCGCUGUCGUCAGAAGGACGCCUCCUUCUCCUGUGAGUGUCUGGGAGGCUGGUCUGGACGCUACUGUGACAUCCCUGGGGUUUCCUGUGAGGUGGCCGCGCUCAAGAGAGGCCUCCAGACAGACGAGCUGUGUCACCACGGAGGUCACUGUGUCAACACAGGCAACACCCACUACUGUAAGUGUCCAACAGACUACACAGACAGCUACUGUGAGAGCCAGGUGGACCACUGUGAGGACAAACCCUGUCGCAACGGCGCCACCUGCAGGGCCUACGUGGGAGGAUACCAGUGUGACUGUAUGCCAGGCUACACCGGAGAGAACUGUGAGAUGGAGGUCAAUGAGUGCCAGUCUCACCCGUGCCAGAACGGUGGAACCUGCAUUGACCUGGUGGGACACUACAUCUGCUCCUGCCCACCUGGCACCUUGGGUGUUCUGUGUGAGAUCAAUGAGGAUGACUGUGCUCCUCCUCUGAGGCUGCACGGGACUCCUCCUAAGUGUCUGAACAACGGUACCUGUGUGGACAGGGUGGGGGGCUACCGCUGUAACUGUCCUCCUGGCUUCACUGGAGAGAGGUGUGAGGGGGACAUCAACGAGUGUCACUCCAACCCCUGCAGCCCCACCAACAGUCUGGACUGCAUCCAGCUCCCCAACGACUACCAGUGUGUCUGCAAGCCCGGCUUCACAGGUCGUCGGUGCCAGAGCAGGUUCAGUGUGUGUGAGUCUCAGCCCUGUCAGAACGGAGGGGCCUGUUCUGUCUCCAGCAGCUCAGCCCUUGAAUACGCCUGUACCUGUCAGCUGGGCUAUGCUGGGAACAACUGUGAGAGGAGCAUGUCGUGCCGGGAGUUGUCCUGCUAUAAUGGAGGUAGCUGUGCUCUGACCACGCGGGGCGCCCGCUGUACCUGCCUGACUGGCUACGCCGGGCCCCAGUGCCAGCACCAUAGUAACGAGGGCUGCUCCUCCCAGCCGUGCCGCAACGGAGGCCUCUGCACCGAGGAGACCAGCUUCCCCUUCUUCCACUGCCAGUGUGUCCAAGGCUGGACGGGCAAGCGCUGCGAGCAGGGCAGCACUAGGCUGGCAGAGCCCCCUCCGCCGCCCAACUGCCCCCUGCCCGACUGCCACGGCAAGGCCAACGACGGUGUCUGCGACAAGGAGUGCAACACAUUCCUCUGCCGCUGGGACGGGGCCGACUGCUCGCUGGGGGUGAACCCGUGGGCGCGCUGCACCGACCCGCGCUGCUGGCGUGUCUUCAACAACAGCCAGUGUGACGAGGCGUGCAACAAUGCUGACUGCCUCUACGACAACUUUGACUGCAAGAACAAGGAGAAAAUCUGCAAUCCCAUCUACAAGACGUACUGUAUCGACCACUACGCUGACGGUCGCUGUGACCAGGGCUGUAACUCAGAGGAGUGUGGCUGGGACGGUCUGGACUGUGCAGAGAAGGUUCCAGAGGACCUGGCUGACGGGGUGCUGGUCCUGGUGGUCCUGCUACCCCCGGAGGAGCUAGUACGUACGGGCCCCGCCUUCCUGCAGAAGCUCAGCGCCAUCCUGAGAACCACCCUGCGCUUCCGCCUGGACCAAAACGGAGAGGCCAUGAUCCGGCCCUACAUCCGGAGAGAGGCGCGCCUCAAACGAGAGCUGCAGCCCCACCAGGAGGUCAUUGGGUCCAUAGUGUACCUGGAGAUAGACAACCGUCUGUGUUCCCAGAGCUCUGAUGACUGUUUCCCGUCGGCAAACAGUGCAGCAGACUACCUGGGAGCCCUGUCAGCCGUGAAGAUGCUCAACUUCCCAUACCAAAUCAAAGAAGUCCGCGGUGAGAAGUUCCCAGAAGUUAUAGACAUGCCAGAGUGGGGCAAACUGAUGCUGGUGGGCGUGGCAGCCCUGUUCCUAUUGGUCAUCCUGGUGGUGGGCGUGCUGAUCGCCCGCAGGAAGAGAGAACACAGCACCCUGUGGUUCCCCGAGGGCUUUUUCCCCAAGAAGGAACCCAGCAGCAACAAGAACCGCAGGGAACCCUUGGGCCAGGAUGCACUGGGCAUGAAACACAUGCCCAAGACGGUGGAGGAGUCUCUGCUUGGCGACCACAGUGACUCGUGGAUUGACACAGACUGCCCUGAGGCCAAGAGACUGAAGGUUGAGGAGCCCAGCAUCCUGUCAGACAGUGAAGACACUGUAGACUGUAGACAGUGGACCCAGCACCACCUAGCGGCUGCAGACAUCCGUAUGCCCCCCUCCAUGGCCCUCACCCCGCCCCAGGGAGAGUUCGACCAGGACUGCAUGGACGUCAACGUCCGAGGACCUGACGGUUUCACCCCUCUGAUGCUGGCGUCGUUCUGCGGAGGCGGUCUGGAGCCCGAGCUCCCCGAGGAGGAGGAGUCAGAGGAGUGUUCCGCCAACAUAAUCUCUGACCUCAUCUACCAGGGCGCCACAUUGGCCGCCCAGACGGACCGCACCGGAGAGACCGCCCUUCAUCUGGCUGCCCGCUACGCCCGCGCUGACGCUGCCAAGCGGCUGUUGGACGCCGGGGCCGACGCCAAUGCACAGGACAACACAGGACGCACGCCGCUACACGCUGCCGUGGCCGCCGAUGCCCAGGGGGUGUUCCAGAUUCUGAUCAGGACCCGGGCCACAGACCUGGACUCUCGUAUGUACGACGGCUCCACCGCCCUGAUCCUGGCUGCCCGCCUGGCUGUAGAGGGCAUGGUGGAGGAACUCAUCACCUGUCACGCAGACAUCAACGCUGUCGACGAACUGGGUAAAUCUGCUCUGCACUGGGCAGCUGCUGUCAACAACGUGGAGGCCACCAUGGCCCUGCUGAAGAACGGAGCCAACAAAGACAUGCAGGACCUCAAGGAGGAGACUCCUCUCUUCCUGGCGGCGCGUGAGGGUAGUUGUGAGGCAGUCAAGAUCCUCCUGGCCCACUUCGCCAACAGGGAGAUAACCGACCAUAUGGACCGUCUGCCUCGGGACAUCGCCCAGGAUCGAAUGCACCAUGACAUUGUUCAGCUGUUGGAUGAGUACAACACAGUGAGGAGCCCCCAGGGCCACGGAGGGGCCCCACACCACCUGGCCGGGACACACACCUUGUCCCCCCUCAUGUGUCCCCCCAGUGCCUUCAUGCCCGGCCUGAAGAACACCCCCCAGGGGAAGAAGAGUCGCCGCCCCGGGGCCAAGGGUUCAGGUCUGGGAGGGCAGCAUGCCCAGAACCUCAAGGAUUCAGCUAAGGCCCGCAACAAGAAGCUGACCCUGGACAUGCAGAGCGCCCUGCUGGAGAGCUCUGUCACCCUGUCCCCGUCGACUCCUGGACUCCCCCGCGGAGGGGCCAACAAUGCCGGCUACAUCACCAACCCCUGCUCCCCGGUGGCCAUGCCCUCCUCUGGGCUCUUCCACUCCUCCAUGUCAGUGCCCAGCACUCCCAUGGUGCAUAGCAGCAUGAUGGACGGCUCUGGCCCCUUCGCUGUGUCUCUGGCCCAGCUCAACGACCUGGGAGAUGGAGGCAUGUCCAUGCAGGGCCGCGUGUCCAUGGCCAGCCAGGUCAACCAGGGCCCCCACGGCUACGUGCUCAACGCCGCCAGCUGGGGGCUCAACAUGGGCCUGGUGAGCCCUGUCAGCGUGCCCUUCGACUGGCACAGCCGCAUGCCCCCCUCCUCCCAGUGCGGGGGACAGGUGGUGAACCUGGUCCACAGCAGCCAGGCGGGCAUGCACCCUCAGAGCCCCAUGCAGCAGCAGCAGAACAGCCUCAUGAUGCAGCAGCACCAGCAGCACCUGUACCGCAGCGCCCAGCAGGCCAUGCUGCAGCCCACGCCUGUCAUCGCCAGCACGCCCAUCUCCCUCAGCCCUGUCAAGCUGCCCUCCAUCGCAGAGCAGCAGCAGCAGCUCCACAACCACUCCAUGGCCAGCCAGCAGAGCCUCCGCAUGGGCACCUCCUCCCCACCCACCCCCCAGACGACACAGCCCCCUCCAGCCUUCUUCCAGCAGCAGCAGCCCCCCGGGCAGCAGCAGCCUCCUCAGCCCCAGCCAGCCCCUCAGCCCACCUCUCCCCAGGCCUCCCAGGCCCCUCCUCCCCAGGCCAGUGGCAGCACUGCAGGCUUGGAGGACUACCCCACCCCGCCCUCCCAGCACAGCUACUCCUCCGCCCUGGAUGCCACCCCCAAGCAUUACCUCCGCCUGCCCAGCGAGCAUCCCUACCUAACCCCCUCCCCAGAGUCGCCCGAGCCCUGGUCCAGCCCCUCCCCCCACUGUGUGUCUGAUUGGUCAGACUCCACCCCCAGCCCGGCGGUGGCCGGUCCUGCCCAAACCCAGAUCCCCCAUGUCCAGGAGUCCAACGGCAAGAUGCAGGUGUUUGCAUGAACCCCCAAGGCACCUGGUUAACACAUGGUUAACAGAGACCUGCCUGGGGGAGAGGAGAGAGGAGACGACUGGCUGUAAAGGCCUGUGUGUCUCGAGUUUAUGUGUCAGCCUGGUUCCAAGAUUUUCAUUGGAUUUGGAUUGACUGUGUUUUUUGCAGAGAAAGAGUCAAGGGAAAUGUGUGUUGUCUGGAUAUGAAAGAGCAGACAAUUUAAUGAAGUAAGACUUAUUCUGUCACAGAUGGACUUGUUUUUUUAUUAUUAUAAAAAGUAUAUGAAGAAAACAAAGUCUUUCAUUUCAAAGACUUAGGGACGCUCUCCUGAAAAACUAACAAACUUUUUAAAAAGUAGAUAAAAGAAAGAAAAAAGAAAAAAUGUUGAAGGGAAUUCCUUUAUUUUUAUUUAUUGUUUUUUUGUGUUUCUCAGAACUGCCUUUUCAGGUGUUUUCUCAGUCUCUUUCUGUCCUGCCCUCUCACACAGUGUUUCACACUCACCUGUUACAUGGAACACGGCUUGGGCUCACCUGAGGCCAGUGGUGUUACAAGGAAAACUACUAGUGAUUCACUCACUCACUCCCCACCACCACCAGUGUCUAACACACCGUAGGCAGAUCAACAUGGGGUUCAGACAGAAAGAGGAAGAGGUCUCGCCUCUCUUGACUGAUGUUAUUUAUUUAGGCCAACAGGUAAAACGAUCAGAUUGGCUUGGGAACAAAUAUGUAGUCUUUUAAGUUGGCUGUCAUUAGUGAUAUUAUGUUCUGAUUUGAUGAACUAGGGAAAAAAGAACUGAUUACAUUCUGUAGAAGUAUUAUUUGUAAGAAUGUAGAAUGAUGGGCGUCUCUGAAGCACUUCACGGGACAAAGCGUUUGGAGGGAGGGUGAUCGUGAGAUGGGGUUCUGACAUUGCAAUGAAGCACUCUGCUUAUCCACACACACAGAGCCAGGAAGGCAUUUAAACAUUCAUUACAGUACGUUCAUUGGCCAGUGUUCAGUCAGACAGACAGACAACUAAACAAAAACAGUGAUGUGUUAAAGUUUCAACUUCAGCCACGUUCUUCCCCAGGCUGUCUGGGUGAGUGUCAGUCCCACACAUGGCUCGAGUCAUCCUCCUGGUCAUUAGUCUCAUUGGUCCUGGUCUAAAGGGUCUGCCUACCACUGUCAGUGUAAACCCACCCAUUCUGCCAUCACUACUUAAGUCAUAGCUUGUUUUCACUCAUUCUGAAAAUUCAUUCAGAUGAGGGCAUUAUUAUUAUCACUGCCCUUUAGUUUUGGUUUUACUCAGUUAUGUGUUUGUUUUUUAUAUACUGUAUAUGUGUUGACACCAUGGUUACCUUUUUGAACAUCUCUUCAGUGUACUAAGCUAUGUUUAUCGGCUGCUAUUCUUUUACCACUCCCCUGCAAACAUUCCUGCAUGUUGCCUGUCAGUAUGAUAGCAUGUUUUUUACUGGUUCUAUUCUAUUCUUUGACCCCUGGUCCUGUUUUUGUGUAGCCUGAGUCCCACAUCUGUUUGUGCUCUCUUGCCUGCUCCAUUGCUGUCAUUGUUAUGUGUGCAAGACCGCAAACAUAGAUCUGGGACUCAGGCUAGCUGUUGUGUUGGCCAAUAGACGCACAUUCUCUUGCGGUUCCAUUGGUAAUUGAGGUGUUGGUAUGUUCUCUCUCCUGUGGUUCAGUUAUGGAUAAGUCUGUGGACUGAUUCCAACUCUGGUGCGGUCCAGUCGUGGUCAGUCAGUCGUUCAGUGUGAGGGCGUGGCUGGUGGGUUGGGACUGCUAGUGCUCUGUCACUCCUCAGGGAGGUGUUAUACUACGGCAUGCAGAGGAGCGUUCCCCUGCAUCUUUAGCAGCUUGCACCCCACCAGCCACGGACAGGACAUUUAGACAUGACUUGUUAGAAGACGUGGAAGGAGAGAACACUACUAUGUAGUGCUGCACCCUCUACUGUAGCUCUUUACUAUGGAUGUCACUCCCCAGUGAUCCAACUAACCCUCACAACCACACCACUGCUGCUCCCUGGCUAGGAUACUUACUGCUGGAGAUGUAGUACUUACUACUGGGAAAGCCAAUCACCUCUAUGCCCACCAGAUCCUCCUCCCCUGUUCGGUUUCAUUACUAUGUUUCCUUCACCCGUCCAAGCCUGUUCACUAUAACCAGCUACUACAGUAGAGUCAGACAUGGGAGGUUUCUGGGUUGGACUGAUACUAGGUUCAGAUUCCAGUUCAGGGUUCAUUUAGUGAAGUAUCUAUUUGUUGUCCUUUGAUUUCCUUUCCUGGCCACACUACUAUGCUCUGUCUCUACAUUUCAGAUAUCCCAACUUCUGUCUGUAAAUAAUGUUUGUCCUGGGUAGAUCUACUUGUUUAAGAUGAAUGUUAUGUUUCUAAAAAUGAUUAUGUACUAAAAAGGACAAAAAGAAAAUUGAGGAUGUGACUGAUAUUUUAUUGGUCUUGUAUUAUUAGAAGUCAUAGAUAUUUUCUAUCAUUAUUAUUAAUUCCUAUACUUGUUUAAAAGUAGUUUAAAAAUCAUUGUACAUAAAAACCGUUCCACAAUGUUUCUUUCUACAGACAAAAGUUGUAAAAUACGUCACUUCUAAUAAAAACUGUAGGGAACUACA